AUUCAAACCCGCUUGCCAAAAUCUCCACAUUUGUCCACGGAAGUUUAGGAGGCGUGCGGACAUCUGGAGUGGUGGAGGGAACACGUGAUCAGGCGCCAUAGCUCGACUGUAGUCCCGGCGCAGCCUACUUCGAAUCUUGACUUUUGCGCCGCGAGCUAUAGAUUUGUCCCACAAUACAACAUCUUCAGUAACGUUUGCGAAGAUGCAGAGCGAGCCAAUGGAGCACCAAUCUCCCGCGAAAAGAUCGCGCGCAGAGAUGGAGGGGAAGAAUGGAAAUGCGGCAGAAGCUGCAGUGGACACAGAUGAAGAUGAUUCCUCCUCCGAUGAUGACUUUGGACCAGCACUGCCCUCUUCCGCACCCAAGAAAAAGAAAAGAAAGCUCCCUUAUGAGAAACUAUACGUUGCUGCUCUACCGACCGCAAGCCGCUACUUCAAAUCGUUGAUGCACCGCGAGCAACUCAGCUUCACAACCUUUACCCCGUUCACGGAUUUCCUGAUCACAAGUUCGAUCGAUGGCGUUGUCAAGUUUUGGAAAAAGGAUUUUGGUGGUAUUGAGUUCGUGAAAGAAUUCAGGGCACACGAUGGCGAGAUUCGAAAUGUGAGCGUCAGCGCAGAUGGGAGGAGUUUCGCUACUGCAGGAACCGACAAAUCUGUGAAGAUAUUUGAUGUCGACACAUUCGAUCUGCUAGCAAUGCUCAGCCUGGAUUAUACACCAAAAGCACUGUGCUGGGUCCAUGGCAGAGGCGCGUCAUUUCCUCAAUUGGCAGUGUCUUCCGAAGAGAACUCCUGGAUCCGCAUAUACGAUGGCAGAGGAGAGAACACUGAACCUUUACACACACUCAAAAAAGUCCACCGACAACCUGUGGCCCUUAUGGUAUAUAACAAUAACUUCGAUUGCGUGGUUUCAGUAGAUGAAGGCGGCAUGAUAGAGUACUGGCAGCCGAACGGGACUUUCGAAAAGCCGGACCACGUUUUCGCUGCAAAGAGUUCUACCGAUCUGUUUGCAUUCAAGAAAGCGAAAUCAGUGCCUUCAACAUUGACAAUCUCCCCUGACGGAAAACAAUUCGCAACGUUUUCCUUCCCGGAUCGACAUAUUCGCGUGUUCCACUUCGCUUCCGGGAAGCUACAUAGGGAAUACGACGAAUCGAUCGCAAGCAUAGAAGCAUCACAUCAGGCUGGUACUGCCGUGCAAACAUUGGAAGACAUGGAAUUUGGUCGCCGACUGGGUAUCGAACGCGAGUUGGACCAGCCAGCCUUGCGCUCACGCAUGAACGUUAUCUUUGAUGAGACUGGAAAUUUCAUCCUGUAUGGAUCUAUGUACGGCGUCAAGGUCUUGAACACGUUCUCCAACUCCCGUGUGAAGCUUUACGGUCAAGAAGAAUCGUUCCGUCCGCUCUGGUUAUCCCUCUACCAAGGCCAACCAGAAAAGAAGGGCGUCGUGACCGUUGAAAUGGCUGCUUCUGAGAACCCUUUACUCCAAGAAGCCGAGGCUCGUGAUGCUAUGUUGGUUUCCACGGGCUCCGGGAAAGUACGCUUCUACAUGUUCACCAACGACAACAACGUCACCAAAUCGCAACGAGACGUGCAGAACGAGAAACCAACCAACCUCGCGACGAAGAAGAAAGUCCAGGACAAGCCCGCCGCCACUGGUACGUCUGCAACAAUCCACACAACUUAUGGUGAUAUCAUGGUCCGUCUGUUCCCCGAAGCGGCACCAAAAGCCGUGGAGAACUUUGUCACGCAUGCUCGGAACGGAUACUACAAUAACGUCAUUUUCCACCGAGUGAUCAGGAAAUUCAUGAUUCAAACGGGAGAUCCGAUGGGCGAUGGUACCGGCGGCGAGAGUAUAUGGGGGAAAGAGUUUGCGGACGAGUUCUCAACGCUCAAGCAUGACAAGCCGUAUACAUUGAGCAUGGCAAACGCUGGGCCAAACACCAAUGGAUCGCAAUUCUUCAUCACGACGGAGAAAACGCCAUGGCUUGACAACAAACACACAGUGUUUGGUAGGGGCGUUGGAGGCUUGGACGUGGUGCAUAAGAUCGAGAACACGAAAGUGUAUAAAGAGAAGCCGGAAGAAGACAUCAAGAUCGUCAGCAUCUCGGUAUCUUGAGUGCC